GACGUCUCUUGUAAACUACGUGAAUCAAGAGGGCGUUAGCUUCUGUUGUGUUCAUUAGUAGAGCCGAGGAUGGAUAAAAAUUUGGAGACGGAUAACUUGGAAAUGCGCCUUCAGGCGCUGGAGAGUCGUGUAUACGGCGAAAGAAGAAACAAAAGUGGAAAGCCCGUCAAGUGUGCAGAGUCUUUGGCCAGGAUUCAAGCAGGUCUGACCAACACGGCAAACAAGAGAGAGAGAGUAAAGAUCCUGCACAAGAAGAUUGAGGACCUUCUGAAGUACCUGGACCCCCAGUUCACCGACCACAUCACUGUACCUGAUGCUAUGAAGUUGGAGUUCAUCCUUGCUGAGGAGGACUUUCUGCUCUCCCAGGCUGCUUUGCUGGAGCAGGUCAGCAGCCUGCAGCCGCUGUUAGACAGCACUUACAUCAGAGAUGUUCCAGAACACGCCACCAAGUUGCAGCGCCUGUCACAGAUUCACAUCAAAGAGCAGGACCAAACUGAAGCUCAGUCCCAGGAAGUGAAGAAGCUUUUUGAGGAGUACAAUAAAAUGAUGUUCCUGCUGUCCAAGCAGUUCACCCAGUGGGACGAGACCCUCAGGAAGAUGGAGGAGGCCAAGGGCAUCCGGCCUGUGGAGUAGCUACUGUCAGCACACACUUCUGAUGAGGAUGGUGACUAUGAAGAGGACUGCACUGUGGUGGGAGCUUUAGACCAGACAGGUGUUCCAUUUUAGCUCAUUCUUUCCCAACAGGUCAGAACAAAAUGAGACAAAAGGACAUUUCACUGUUUUGUUUUUAACUGCUAAUUAGUUGGCCACCAGAAUUUAAUUGAACCAGGCGAUUUAGCCUUGAAACCCCCUGACACCAAGUUCAAAUGUCUUGUAAAACCAAUUUUAUACUGUUAAGAGAAUCUGCACCUGUGUGGACCAGCCUGAUGAACUGGCCUACCAGGUUUUCAGAAAUUCAAAAAAUGAACAAAACAGUUUUUGUUGUGUGUGAUAUAGCGUCUGUUGUCAUAGUAACAGACUGAUGUGGUACACAACACUAUCAGUAAUCCUAUAUCCACUCAUACAAACCCAGUCAUACAGUAAAAAUGGAAUGUAAGGAUUGGUGGAAAUGUAAAUUGUAUAGGAAGUCAGUCAUGUGACUCUUCAGUCACCUUAAGGCACUCGCUCCCAUCACAUGACGUGUGGCUCAGACAGCUCAGAGAUGCUGCUGUUAUUUAUUUUCAGACCAUAAGAGCUUUUUUAUGCUUUUACACUGACUUUACUUGUAAGGCAUUCCAAUAAUUCUUCUCUACUGCAAGCUGGUCACAAGACUUGUUCUGUCCCUGACUCAUUCACACUGACACACACACACACACACACACACACACAAACAUCCUCCUCAAGGUUUUAAAUUUUUUCCUCCCAACAAGAUGAGGUUCAGAAAUGAGCAGACAGUAGCUUCGUUAUUCUCGCCAGAGCAUUGGUUUUAAAUGUCACAUAAAUGUCAUAUGUGUCAUAUAGCAUGACUCCAGUUGAUACAAUAAAUAUUAUUACUUGUUUCUUGGA